UGCUCCGCCCUGUCGGGGGUCCAGGAGUAGCUUAAAGGCUGCUCUCCUGCAAGCAAGCGAGCUCCCUCCCGGCGUCCAGAGAGCCACAGCACCACCCUGCACUAUGGACCCCGCUACGCCCCUGCGACUGUGGAAUCUGCCGCUGCUCCUGGUGGGCUCUGCCCUUAGUCUCGCUUCAGUAUCUGCCCAAGGGAAUGACUUAGAGACCUGCCUCUUGCCCUUGGACAAGGGACCAUGUCAGGCCGUUGUCCCCAGGUUCUACUAUGACAGGAACCAGCAGAAGUGCCGCAGAUUCAAGUAUGGAGGCUGCCUGGGCAAUGCCAACAAUUUCCACAGUCGGGAACUCUGCAAACACACUUGUGGAAAUAUCGAGAAAGUUCCUCCAGUUUGUCGAUUACAACUCAGAACGUAUCCAUGUGAUAAGCCCAAUAUACAGUUUUUCUUCAAUAUGAAUACCAUGAGGUGUGAGCCCCUUAGGCCUGGCCUGUGUAGCAGGACUAUGAACAUAUUCUCAGAGGAAGCUACGUGUAAGGACUUAUGUGAACCAAGGAGAAUUAUUCCAUCAUUUUGCUCCACUCCAAAAGAUGAAGGCCUGUGUUCUGCCAAUGUGACCCGCUAUUAUUUUAAUUCAAGAAACAAAACCUGUGAGACCUUCACCUAUACUGGCUGUGGUGGGAAUGAAAAUAACUUUUAUUACCUGGAUGCUUGCAACCGUGCCUGCAUUAAAGGCUGGAAGAAGCCCAAGAGAAAGAAGAUAGGUGGUUUCCUGCCCAAAUUUUGGAAGCUUCAUCCUUAAGCAUUUUCUCAUACUUAAGGAAACAAAUCAUUAGGAAAUUUGCUCCUCUGACUUUACUGAUGUGCUACUUUUUUUUUAACACCUGUAUAUUUUUAUUCAUACCAAGCUGCUUUCCAAAUGUGAAACUAUCAUUUUUCAAUGUACUGUUCAAAUGUUUAAGAGACUGAAUCGUUGCAGUGUAUCAGAUAUGAAUGUGAACAUGACUCACCCAACUUCAUGGGAUAGCUAGUACUAACUUCAGAAGACAAUGGUUACUAAAAUAACAGAAGACAAUCUAAGUGUGCAGUUUUAACCUAUAUGAGCAUCAACAGGAAUGGCAGAACUGUUUCAUUAUGAACUUAAAGUUUGGAUUAAAUUUUAGGCUAUAGGAGACAAGUAGCUGGUUUAUGAACACUUUAUCCAAUCAUUCCACUGGGGUAUUACUUAUACCUUGGCCAAGUGCCCUUCCAUACCUUUCUUGCCAGAUUAUAAUAUUAUGAAGAAGGUGAGUUAUUUCAAAGGUAUAAUUAUUAUUGGAUGGAUUUAAACUAUUGGUGAUUUAUGAAAAGAAGGACAUUUUUCCUAGGAAAAAACCAUUAUAUAUUCAAUUCUGUGUUGAAAUCUUCUUUGACCCUAUGUGUUGCAUUAUUCCCUCCGACAAAAUGUUUUGGAGAACAGAAACUACUGGAUCUUUUGUACUAUGUAAGAAAGGCAUGAAGGAUUUGUCUUGAAUUUCACCAAUAAACUCUUUUUAAAAGUGGU